CAUAAUAAUCUAAAGAAAGAAGGGAAGCCUAGAAUAAUGGCAAAGAAUAUUCAGAGGUUUAGUUAUGUUGUGUGUCUUUUGGUCUCAAUACUUGUGAAUAUAUUCUUUUUUAGAAAAAUGUAUUAUGAGAAGGAUAAGUUGAGUUGGAGCCAAAGAGCAGCAGAAGAAGCAGAAGCAGUAGCUGCAAUUUCAUGCUCAGGAAAUGGAAGAGUAUUUGUUGAUGGCAUUGUAGUAGAUGGAAAACCUAUAUGUGAAUGCUAUUCUUGUUAUGGAGGCAAUGAUUGCUCUUUGUUAUUAGCCACCUGUCCUGCUGAUGUUGAAGGUGGGGAUCCCCUAUUCUUGGAACCUUUCUGGAUGCAAAAUGCAGCAAGCAGUGCAGUAGUAGUAGCAGGUUGGCAUAGAAUGAGUUAUUUCUUUCCUAAUCAGUCUUACAUAUCCAAGGAGCUCGAGAAAAACAUAAGAAAGAUACAUGCUAUUGCCAAGAAUGCUAUAACAGAUGGAAGAUACAUUGUUUUUGGAGUUGGCUCUACUCAGCUCCUAAAUGCUGCAGUUCAUGCUCUUUCUAUGGAGAGUUCUUCUUCCUCUCCCUUCACUACGAAAGUGGUCGCAAAUAAAAUCCCUUAUUAUUCGCCUUAUAAAUUUCAAACGGAGUUCUUUCAAACACUUCAUUACGAAUUUGAAGGAGAUUCAUCCAUGUUGAAGAACAAAUCAGAUUUUGGUGGAAAUGUGAUUGAGUUUGUGACUUCACCAAACAAUCCAGAUGGGAAUUUGAGAAAUUCAGUUUUAAAAGGCCCAAAUGUGAAGACAAUUUAUGAUCGUGCUUAUUAUUGGCCUCAUUACACAGCAAUUCCAGCUCCAGCUGAUGAAGAUCUCAUGAUUUUCUCAAUAUCUAAGCUCACUGGUCAUGCUGGAAGCAGAGUUGGGUGGGCAAUUGUAAAGGAUGUGAAUGUAUAUAAAAGAAUGAUGGAUUUUAUUGAUGUUGCUGAAAUGGGGACCUCAAAGGAUGGUCAGUUGAGAGCCUUAACUUUACUGAAAGUUGUUGCUCAAGGAGAUGACAAGCAACUCUUCAAUUUUGCACAUCAAAUCUUAAGUCAUCGCUGGGAAAAAUUGAGUCGCAUUUUCUCUUUAUCUAAACGUUUUAGCCUCCAACGCAUUCCAACUCAGUAUUGCACAUUUCUUGACAGAAUCAGAGAACCAUCUCCAGCUUAUGCGUGGGUGAAGUGUAAGAGGAAAGAAGAUAAAAACUGCACUGAAAUCUUCAGAGUAGCAAAAAUCAUAGGUCGUCCAGGUAGCAAAUUCUUUGCAGAAAAUCGUUAUGUUCGGCUCAGCCUGCUGAAGGGUCAACAUGAUUUUGAGAUGUUGAUAAGUCAAAUGAAAAAAUUGGUUUCUCAAGAAGGAGGAGUCGGUGCACAAGCCAUUUCAAGUUUUUAACCACUCUAUGAUUAUGCAUGCAUACCUCCUAUAUGUUUAAAAAUGUCGUGUAAACUUCCUAGACUUUCAAAAUUUCUUUAAUAAAACUAUGACUUGCCAGCAUA